UAGUGUGUACGGAUAAAAUGAAUACGCUAUUGACUGUUGAUAUUCAAUUUUGCUUAUAAUUUCAUUAUAUUCAGCAAAUAAAAUUUAAAUUAUUUUCUUCAACUUGUCCAUGUUUAUAAUUGUUUUACUGUGCAACACUUUUUUUAACUGUUUACCUAAAUUUUGUGUAAAUUAAUUUCUUAUAUUGAUAUAAUUUUGAGUGUUUUUUUGUUGCUUCGUCUUUCAAUUAUCUUGCAAGCUUUCAAAGAGUUGUCUAUUUUGCUUGUACAGUUGGUUGGAUUAAGAUGGAAGAUCGAAGUGGAUUAUUCAAUGAGAUUCAAAAAUUUUCUCAACGUGCAUUACGUAAAGUUGAAACCAAUGUGACAACUGGAUUAGGGGAAAAGGUUGUUGAAAAAAGGAGUGCAAAAGGAUUAAAGACACUUGAAAAUGAAUCAAAUAAAUCAUCGAAAAUAACUGAGAAUCAAAAAUUGGAUCUUCAAGUUGGUCUAGUUAUUCCUGGAUUAAUGAUUGGUUCUCAGGAUGUUGCCCACUGUAAGAAAACGUUGGAAGAAUACGGGAUUACUCACAUUGUAAAUGCGGCUGAAGAUGAAGUGGAUAACAAGUUUGAAGAUGAAUACAACUAUUUGAGUAUGCAAAUCGAGGACUCAUCUUCUACUGAUUUAAGAAAAUAUCUGGAUGAUAUUUUUGAUUUCAUUGACCAAGGAAGAUUUGCAGGAAACUGUUUUGUUCAUUGUAAUGCUUGCAAGCCAGGAUUGUCUCGAUCAUCAGCCAUAUGCAUCGCUUAUUUAAUGUACAAAGAGAAGAGACGUUUUGAUAACGCUUAUAAUGAGGUUAAAGAAGCUCGUCCUUUUGUUAAGCCAAAUGAUGGUUUCAUGAAUCAAUUGAAAAAAUUAGAUGAAGAGUAUAAUGGAGCCAAGAAAAAGGAAGAGAUUGAAGAUCCAUUCACAAAGAAAAAAAGACAGGAGAUUGAAGCUGAAAAGGCAAUGUUAAAAGGUACAACAAGUGUAAAAAAUAAGCUUCAAAUGUUCAAGAAAGUCGAAGAAGAUGAAAAAACUAGGGUUACAAGUCCGACGCCAAGCAAACUUCGUACUAAUGGAGCCCUAUGGAAUACAGAAUCUACAGGAGAUAAUAAAGAAAAUUCAGAAGAAAAACCAGCACCAAAAAAGUUGACAUCCAUUUUAAGUAUAUUUCAGUCCAAAGACUCAUCUGGUGCUAGUAAUAAUAGAAAUAAUUCCAUCGGUUUACCCAAAAUUGCGGCCUCCAAUGCUCCAGUUAAAAAAUGGAAACCCGUUGAAACAAAAGGGUUGCAAAGAGUUGCAGAUCCUAAGAUAAAAUUUGACCCUCACAAGGAUUACAGUGUUUAUGAGAGAAUCAAAAAAUCAAAAAGUGGAGUAAAAUGGGCCAGUAAAAAGGAUGCAUUAAAACGGACUAAGUCAAAAGAAUUCAAAGCAGCAAUGAAAGCAAAUGAAAAUUUAUCUUCAGCAUUACCACCAACAUCGGAAACAACCAAAAAUAUCACCAACCAACCUGAGACUAAACAACUGAGCUCGAAAGCUCAACCUUCUACAUUGCAAUCAACAUCUAAACCUCUUACUCGAACUUCAGACCCUCCACCUCCUCCUCCUCCACCACCACCAUCAAUAGAAUUAUCAUCUUCAAAGAAAGCAGCUCCUCCGCCAGCAACCAAAAAGUCUGAAUCAAAACCAAAUACAGUGGCUAACGACGUUAAACCUGCUAGACCGACAUUAAGAAAACGACCCUCUCAAGAAGAUGACUCCGUAAAUCAAGUUCAAAAUUCACAAAGAGCGCCUUUAAGGCGCCGUCCAUCACAAGAAAAUGAGAACAAUCCAUUAUCACCGUCAACAACCAGCAAUAAGCAACUUCGUCGUCGACCAUCACAAGAAACAGAUGACACUGAUGCACCAAUUAGACCUUCUCUAAGACGUCGACAGUCACAAGAAAAUGAUACAAAUACUUUUUCAAUGUCAACUGAUUACUCGCGUCCAACUUUACGAAGAAGACCUUCUCAAGAAACCCAAGCAGAACCAACAACACCGUCAAACAAUUCAUCUUCAACACCAGCUGAUACAAUGUAUCCUUGGAGGAAAGGACGAAAAGACUCGGAUGUUAAACAAGAAAAUGUAAAUGAUAAAAGUAAAUCAAGUAAACCAGUAAAAUCUGGUUUAAAUGAUCAGAGUUCAGAAUCGGUCAAUGAAAAGAUUUCGCCUAGUCAGAAUGUCACUUUUAAUAAUGUACCAUCAAAGCCUUCAAAUGAUAAAGUUGAGGAGCAACUCAAGCCUAAAGUUUAUGGUGUUUGUCGACCUAAACCUAAAAAUAUUGUCGGUGGUUCUAUUUGGGGUGCAGAAGAAAAAUAUGGACCUAAGAAAGCUGAGGAAACAAAGGUAGUUGAUGAAAAUAAAACAAAUAUUAUUCAUUCCAGUGGAAAUAAAACAACAACUUCACCCAACUCUCAACCAACUUCAUCAUCAUUAUCAAAACCUGUGGUUACAAAAGAUACUGUUAAUCAGUCUAAGCCAGCUAACUUAAAUCAAGAACCAAAAAAGCCAAGUGAAACUGUCAAUGAAAAGGAGAAAAAGAAAGAAGAUGUCAAAAAGAUUGUUAUCAUGCAACAAGAUGAUGAUGAAGAGGAAGAAGAAGAGGAGGAAAGUGAAGAAGAGAGUGAAGAAGAAAGUGAGGAAGAAAGCGAAGAAGAAGAAGACGAAGAGGAGGAUGAAAGUGAUACAGAUGAAGCACUCCAAUCAAGGAAAUCGGGUCUAACACGAUCAUCGACGGCGGAAAUAUUGAAAUUAAUAAAAUCCAAAACGAAACCUGAAAUCGCUCGAUCAAUGGACAUAAUUGAAGAGGACGAAGAAAUCGAUGUAUUAUUGAACGAACUUGAAAAGGAAGGAAUUGAAAAUAUCGAUUGGGGUGAACUUGGUAUUGGAUUAAACGAAGUCAAAGAUAUUGUCGAAAAUGCCAUAGAAGAAGAGGAUGAAGAGGAAGAAGAAGAAGAAGAAGAGGAGGAAGAGGAAGAGGAAGAUGAAACAAAUGAAUGUAAAAAUGAAGACGAAGAAGAAAAGGAGAUCGAAUAUUUGCUUAAAAAUUUGGAAAAGGAAGGAAUCAAAGAAGAUCUCAGUGAUUUCAGUGAGAGUGGUAAAGAAUCGCCAAUAUCAAGUGUCACAAUUGAAUCCAAAGUAAGGUCUAAUAAACCAGCCUCACAAUCAACACUGUCACCGCCAUCAGCUAGAUCAACAGGUGCUAAAAAAGUUGAACCAGUUAAUUAUAUUACAAAAGCGGAGUCAGAAGAGGAAGAAGAUGAAUCGUACGAAGAAGAGGUUGAAUUGGUCAUUGAAGAUGAUAGUGAUUAACCUGUUUCAAGAUUUAUUCUGUUCACUUAUUAUUAUUACUUGCAAUUUUUAUGCUUCAGCUUCCAUCCUCAUCUUCAAUGGAUCUUCAUAUUCAUGCCACUCGAUCGCUUCUGCCUCUCUGCAUAGUUAUUGUUAUCAAAAUUUUUGUCAUUUGAAAUUAUGUGCUCGGUAAUUAGUUGAAUCAGGGUUAAAUGUUUAAUCAGUCUAUCCUCUCUGUGAUUAAAAAUCAACUCAAUAUACAUAAAAGCAGAAGCUUGCUUCCAAGACGUAAGUGAUAAUUGUAUUGAUUCAAUGCGAAAGCAUAAAUUGUUAACUGUUAUGUAUUAUUUGAAAACAUUUCAAUUUACCAAUCAACUAACCAGUAAUAAUUUCAAUUGAAAAACACUGUACUUGUGAUAAAUAUUACAUUCAAGCUUCUAUUAAUUAUCAAUCCCUGGCAUCAUCAACUAGCCACUACUAACCUUAAAUCGCUAUUAUAAUGUUUCAAUGGUUACACCAAGCUGACCAAGAAAUCAAUGCUCUGAAUUUGCUGCGUAAACAAUUAAGGACGAAAUUAUACUCAAAAAGAAAUGGUUAUUUGUGUAAAACGACAUCGGAUCAGAAGAAUACAAAAAAUUAUGUUUUUGGCGACUCGCAAAGCUGUUUCAAUAAUUGAUCAAGUGAUUAUUGUUGUCUAUUGUUUGAAAUAGAUUAUUGUAAUUCUUCCUGAAAGAGAGACAAAGAUUAAUCAUCUUUAAUUUAUAAUUGUUAAGAAUCGUUUUAUUUUGCUCAAAUUAUUAAAAAAUAAAUAAAAUCUUUGCUUUACAUUUAAUCCUUCA